UGAUAAAUAUGUGCAUCACGGUGGGUGGGACAUCUGAGCAGCUGGCACUUAUAAGCUGUAUUUACCUAGUCCUGUGACGUCUCGCACUCGUCUCGUCGAGCUCCUCGCUGAGUAAAUUGUCGUCAGGACAGCUUUCUUCAUCUCCAGAAAUCCACAAUCUCCCGCUCUACUCUACAAUGGCAGCGAUUGGAAAGAGAGGAACAGUGACUGAGGCGGCUGGGUUUGACCCAGAGGCAGAUGCCCAGCGACUCAGAGGAGCCAUGAAGGGAACUGGCACCGAUGAGGCAGCUGUCACUGAGGUCCUAUCGCACCGUACUAUUGCACAAAGGCAGCGCAUCAAAGAGGUCUUCAAACAAGCUGUGGGAAAGGACCUGGCUGACGAGCUGUCCUCAGAGCUGAGUGGGAACUUCAGGAGCGUUGUUUUAGGUCUGCUGAUGCUGCCGCCUGUGUAUGAUGCCUACGAGCUGAAAUAUGCAAUGAAGGGGGCUGGAACCGAGGAGGCUGCUCUCAUCGAUAUUCUCGCUUCAAGGUCAAAUGCGGAAGUAAAAGCCAUCAAUGCUUUCUACAAGAAAGAAUAUGGGAAAAGCUUGGAGGACGCUGUUUGUGGGGACACAUCAGGCAUGUUUCAGAGGGUUUUGGUGUCAUUACUCACGGCUGGACGGGAUGAAAGCGACAAUGUGGACAACGCCCAGGCUGUCCUGGAUGCUAAGGAAAUCUACGAGGCCGGUGAGGCUCGAUGGGGCACAGACGAGGUGAAAUUCCUCACCGUGCUUUGUGUCAGGAACCAGAAACAUCUGCUGAGAGUGUUCGAGGAGUACAAGAAGAUUUCUGGUAGAGAAAUCGAGGACAGCAUUAAGAGGGAGAUGUCCGGCUGCCUUGAGGACGUCUUUCUGGCCAUAGUGAAAUGCAUUAGGAACAAGCCGGCGUUCUUUGCAGAGCGAUUAUACAAAUCAAUGAAGGGGCUGGGCACUACAGAUAGUGUCCUCAUCAGAAUAAUGGUUGCUAGGGCAGAGAUUGACAUGUUGGACAUCAAAGCGGAGUUCCUGAAGAUGUACGGCAAGACUCUCCACUCCUUCAUCAAGGGAGACACCUCUGGUGACUACCGCAAAAUCCUGCUGGAGCUGUGUGGAGGCGAGUAGAGAGACAUCACAGCAGCGUUCAGCUGGCUCUUGAUUCUGGAGACCACAUUAUGAUCUUUUUUUUUUUUUCCGUUAAUGAAUUCCUGUAUCUCUUAUCUUUUCUACUUCCAUGGCCUUUUACAUUUCCCUGAUGGACCACGGUGCCUCAUUUUACUGUUUGUAAUAGAAAUUAAACCAAAGAGCAGUGACCUUUUA